AUGAAGAGCUGUGAGUACCAGCAGAUAGACCCGCGCGCCCUGACCGUGUCCGCGCACAAAGCCCCGGGGACCGUAACCCACCCCCACCGGAGGAAGUGGCAGAUUUUCCCGGGGAAGAACCGCUUCUUCUGUGACGGUCGGCUCAUGUUGUCCCGACAGAGUGGAGUGCUGCCUCUCACGCUGGGCCUUGUCGUGGUCACCUGUGGCCUUUUUUUUGCGUUUGAUUGUCCUUUCCUGGUGCAGCACCUUACACUCUUCAUCCCUGUGAUUGGAGGAGUGCUGUUUGUGUUCGUGAUGCUGUCUCUGCUCAGAACCAGCUUUACAGACCCUGGGAUCUUACCCAGAGCAGGUCCAGACGAGGCGGCUGACAUCGAGAGGCAGAUUGACUCGUCCGGCUCAUCGUCCUAUCGCCCUCCGCCGCGCACAAAGGAAAUCCUUAUAAACCAGCAGGUGGUGAAGCUUAAAUACUGCUUCACAUGUAAAAUGUUCAGACCUCCGCGGACGUCUCACUGCAGCUUAUGCGACAACUGUGUGGAGCGAUUCGACCAUCACUGCCCCUGGGUUGGAAACUGUGUGGGGAAACGCAACUACCGCUUUUUCUACAGCUUCAUCAUCUCCCUAUCUUUCCUGACGUCUUUUAUAUUUGGCUGCGUCAUCACUCACCUCACCCUACGCUGUCACACUGGCAAAAGCCUUAUUCAAGCCAUUCAAGAAAGUCCUGCCAGUGUGGUGGAGCUGGUGAUCUGCUUCUUCUCAGUGUGGUCCAUUCUGGGCCUUUCAGGCUUCCAUACUUAUCUUGUGGCCUCCAACCUUACCACAAAUGAAGAUAUCAAAGGCUCGUGGUCCAGUAAACGUGGCGCAGAGGAUUCUGGGAACCCGUACACUCACAACAGCAUCAUGAGAAACUGCUGCGCAACAUUGUGUGGGCCCAUGCCUCCCAGUUUGAUUGACAGACGCGGUUUUGUUCCUUCUGAUGAGGUUGUGACUGCUGCUGAUUGUCCUUCAGAGAUGGAGCUGCCUUCCUUCACAGCAAAGAGUGACACACACAUGGAGAGGUCCUGGAUUGGCCCCUCUGUCCCCUCUGAACAGACCAAGGGCCUCAAAUUGUCUGAAUCAGGGGUGCCAAACAGUACCCUCCUCAAUUGCAUUUUCAUCUGUGUUCUGUCUAUGGUCGCUCGGAUACGCAUUAGCCUGAAGCGGCACCGGUGGCUCAUGUGCACACAGAGCACAAAGGACGUGUUGGAGAAGAUGCUGCGCUCCUCAGACUUGGCCGUCUGUCCGGUGGGAGCUCCAGAGACCUCUCCUCUGGGGCUGGAGGUGCCCGCCAUACGCAGUCCAGUGGUGUGCCAGGCCCCCUGCUCCGGGUGUGGCCGCAGUAGGAAGGACUCUCUACACUCCAUCAACCCUGCGUUUCGUUUGGCAGCGCCCUCCCCUACAGUGCCCCGCACCAACCCACCUCUGAGCCAAUCACAGGCCGAGGGAUUUGUCCCAAUGCCCUGA